AUGAGCCUACUCCACGCAGGUCAUGGCGGUCCCGGACCGCUCGUUGCCGACCCAUGGUCUCAUGGCACGGGCAUCAUGAGGGCUGUCCUCGCCCGCCUCAAUUGGACUACCGCCGACCUCGACUUUACUCACGUCGGUUCUCUCAUCGCCAUCGUGGGCGCAGCUCCGGCCGGUUGGCGCAUUCUGCGCAGAGCUUGGCACGAGGUGUACGGCUGGGUACGGCAGUUCUUUCUCGCAUCAGUCACGAUCCCUGGUGGCGAUCCGGUCAACAAGAAUCUUGUCAAGUGGCUUGUUGCCAACCGCCCUCGGCAGCAUCGCACUUUCACAGGCCGUACAGAGAUGGGUCGUGGAGAUGUGACCGAUCGCGCAGCCGCGCUCAAAAAGACGAGGCGCGCGGUGCAGUAUGCGCCACACUGGGACUCGAGGUGGUUCUGGUACGAGGGCAGGCUUUUCGUUGCGACCAGAGACAACUUCAGCAGUUCCGCCAUGUCAGACCCUGCCUACGACGGCGUUGGUGGCGAGGAGCUGACGGUCAGCUGUCUCGGGCGGUCGAUUGAGCCUGUCCAGAACCUCAUCGAGGUCGCGCGCGAGUUUGCGGAUCGCCAGACCCAAUACUUUGUCAUCAUCUAUGGACGCGACCGGUACGGCAUGACCUGGCAGCCCAAGUCGCGCAAACCUAUCCGGUUGCUUGACACUGUGCACUUCGACGACCGCCUCAAGAAAGACCUGCUGGACGACAUCAGGAAGUACCUAGACCCGCGGACGCAGCGGCGCUACGAGAGCCGAAGCAUGCCGUACCGGAGGGGCUACUUGUUCUACGGGCCGCCUGGCACGGGCAAGUCCUCAUUGUCCACGGCGUUGGCUGGCGAGUUUGGACUGGACCUAUACGAGGUAAAAGUCCCAAGCAUAGCAUCGGACUCGGACCUUGAACAGAUGUUUCACGAGAUCCCACCACGGUGCAUCGUUCUGCUCGAGGACAUUGACGCUGUAUGGGUUGACCGUAGCUCCCGUUCAAGAUCUCCUGACCGCCGAAGCGAGCAUAGUAGUGGUAGUGGGAGCAGGAGCGGCCAUCACCGAUCCAACUGUACACUAUCCGGGUUGUUGAAUGUCCUCGACGGUGUUGGAUCUCAGGAGGGGCGUAUUGUCAUCAUGACCACCAACAAGCCGGACUCCCUGGACCCGGCCCUGGUCAGGCCAGGUCGUGUCGAUAUGAAAGUUUUCCUAGGACAUAUCAGUCCUCAAUCGGCAGAACAGAUGUUUGUACGCAUGUUCUCGCCUGAUGAGUUGGUCAACGACGGUCCCGUGGUUGAUAUGGAUCGGAUUCGCGAGCUUGCGCAACAGUUUGCCCAGGCAAUUCCUGACGACGUCUUUACGCCUUCACAGUUACAGGGCUACUUUCAGCUUCAUCUGGACAGUGCUGACGACGCUACAGCUGGCAUAGCUUCGUGGGUCGCGAAAGAGACAUCACGCCAGGCGGAUGGAGGUUUUGAGGUUGUAAUAACAGGCUCGGAGCGGGCCAUGUAA